AAGAAACCAAAGUGACAACAUGGCUGACCUCAAUAAAAGUCUGCAAGAUUACCUGUCACGAUCAUCGUCAUCUAAUUCACUUCCAAAGAGUGAAAGUACAUCAUCGAGUUUAUCAUCAGGAUUUACGGGAUUUGGAUUGUUUAAGAAACAAAAUGUUGACGAACCAAGCCCUACUGACACAUCUGGGAACUGGUUCGCCCAGGCACAGAGCGAUCCUCUGUUGCCAAGUUUGUCAAAGAAGCAAAGAAUUCUAGGAUUUGUAACAUGCUUACUAUUGGGGACAUUCUGUAUGUCACUGGCGAGUCUCUACAUACCAUUGCUGAUCAUGAAAGCAAGGAAAUUUGCUUUACUAUAUUCUCUUGGGAGCCUGUUCAUUAUUUCCAGCUUCUCCUUCCUCUGGGGCCCUGUUCAUCAUGUGAAGCAUCUCUGCUCACUUGGAAGGUUGCCUUUCACAGCAGCCUAUUUUGGAACCAUGGUGUUAACACUGUACUUUGCUAUGUGGGUGAAGAGUACAAUAUUUACAGUGCUGUUUGCCAUUGCUCAAGUCAUUGCAUUAGUAUGGUACAUCAUCAGCUACAUUCCAGGGGGGCAGACGGGACUCAAAUUCUUCACCAAAAUAUUUUACUCUGCGGCUUCAAAAACAGCACAGAAAACUCUUCCUAUAUGAACCAUUGGGUGGUGGUCUUGACGGAACCAGCGUGGUUGUCAUGGGAACACAUGAAAGACAAUUAGUUUCAGGCAACCACCUUGACACCACAAACUGCUCUGAAAGAAAAACAAUUUUUGUGGGCUUCAUUUUGUAAUAUAUAUGUAUAUGUAUAUGUGUGCCCCCAACUCAGAAUGCCUGUCUGAAGUUGGCAAUUUGGGUUGCAUUAAAUGUCAAAUGCUGCACUGAGGUUUGCUGUUAAGGGUAUUUCUUGGUGGUGUGUUGACUGGGUAGAACUAUUUGUUUAAUGUUUAUCUUGGCUCUGUCUGGUUUUCAUGCUGUCCUGGCAUGUGAUAAGAGACAACAUUAUACAGUAAAUUGAUGGAAUCAACACCAGAACACUUACUUUACUUACUAACUUUAACCUUGAAAAUAUUUGUUUUAUUUGGUUUGUGGAUUCUCCGACCCAAAAUACUGAGAAAAAAUCGAAAUACAAUUAAAAUAUAAAAAUCAGUUUCUAAAAAAUUAUUUUUAUCACUGCCAUUCCGAAAAACUUUUGAAGUAGAAAAAAGAAUAUUUCUAGAAUCUCGCAACACAGUAUCGAGACGACUUGCCAUGAAAGAAAUGCAGUGGUGACAGAGCGGUAGAAACUCCAGCCACAGCUGGGUUACCUUGCCUUGUCAUGUCAGAAUCUUAUAUAUAUUUUUCCCCAAUGAAUUGAACUUUUUAGGGGGGGAAUCCAUAAACCAGACAACAAACAAAAACUGAUUAUGAUAAUAGACACCAUAGAACUUGGAGCAGAGACCCUCCUUAUGAUAACAAUCACAGAUAUAACCAAUAUCAUUAAAAUCAGAUCUUAGUUCUCACUAUCGCUAAACAAAGAUCUGAGGACAUCCCAUUAUGGGUCACGUCAGAACGACCUUUCAUCCGACCAAUCAAAGCGUCGCUUACCAGAUCAUU